AUGUCCUUCAAAUCUCACGGAUUUGAAACCUCGAUUGACGUCGCUCGACGGCAACAAUACCACGUAGCCCAGUUAGCAGGUCACAAACGACCACUCACUACCGAGGAGCAACCUUUGCAGCUGAAGACUGAGAAACGAAGCCACACAGGCCUUCGGCUCCAAAAACAGCCACAUGAUGAAUUGCAUAUUGAGGAAUCCACACCUCUAGAGUCCGCUCGAGCCUCGGCCCCUCCGAAUCGAUUUACUGCAAGCAGGAUCCAUCCAGGCCCGGACUCGGCCGUAUCAGCGCCAGAAGAUGAACAGCCACAGAAAAAUACUGCAUCGACAUCUGUGCCGGGCUCUAGCCAGAACCCUUUGCUCUCAUUGGCAAAUCCUACAUAUGGUCUUCCUGCUACACUCAUACAUAAUUUUGCUACAUUGGGAGUGACCAGUGUCUACGCAUGGCAGGCAUCGUGCUUACUAGCUCGGGGUCUUUUAUUGGGUGAGCGACACUUGGUAUACACGGCCCCUACUGGAGGAGGGAAAUCCUUGGUCGCGGAUGUGUUAUUGUUGAAACGCAUUAUUGAGAAUCCCACUCGCAAGGCGAUUUUGGUUUUGCCUUAUGUGGCUCUAGUCCAAGAGAAAUUGAAAUGGAUGCGCCGAAUCGUUGAGGGCGUGGAGAAGAAUGUCCCUCCUGAUGAUGAUGACAAGGAAGUGUCGAAAAGCUCAAUGUUCAUGCGCAGGCGCCAUCAGAAAUUACAGAAACAAAUCCGUGUGACGGGCUUCUUUGGAGGAAGCCGAACUACGACGACAUGGGCUGAUACCGAUAUUGCUAUCUGUACGAUUGAGAAGGCAAAUUCAUUGAUCAAUACUGCGAUUGAGGAGUGCAGCAUCGGAGACUUGGGUGUGGUUGUACUGGACGAGCUACACAUGCUGGAUGAUGAACAUCGUGGAUAUCUUUUAGAACUCAUGGUCACAAAACUCCUGUUACUACAGCAGGAUAUUCAGAUUGUGGGGAUGAGCGCAACUCUCUCGAAUACCGAGAUGCUUGCCCAGUGGAUGAAUGCUAGGUUCUUUAUCUCGACAUAUCGACCAAUUCCUAUCGAUGAAUACCUUGUAUAUGAAAAUGCGAUUUAUCCAGCUGCAACUUCCAGGCAGUUGUUCCAAACAGCUUCCAAGCUGACAGCCUCGACUUCAUUGCAAGAUUCGAUAGCUCCGCAUAGAAACAUUGAGCCUUCAGAAUACAAAGAGCUCAGCAAUGGUGCGACCAAUGCUAUGGUUGCGUUGGCAGUGGAAACCGCUUCGGCAGGCUACGGGGCUUUGGUAUUUUGCGGAAGUCGUAAUGCCUGUCAGAUUCAUGCCGCAACCAUCGCGGAAGCCAUGCCUCAUGUUGAAGACAAAGAAGAGUUGGAUCAAAGACUUGAUCUUCUUGCAGAGCUGAGAAGUCUCGCAUGUGGCCUGGACCCUGUUCUCCAGCAUACCGUAAUCAAAGGGACAGGUUUCCAUCACGCUGGCAUGACAACCGAGGAACGAGAACUUAUUGCAGCGGCAUAUGACUCCGGUGUUCUGAAAGUGCUCAUCGCUACAUGCAGUCUAGCUGCUGGAGUCAAUCUACCCGCUCGACGGGUGAUCAUCAAUGGGGCUCGAAUGGGUCGAGAGCUGGUUGGACCUGCAAUGUUCCGACAAAUGUGUGGCCGAGCUGGACGCAAAGGGAAAGAUGAUGCAGGCGAGACGUAUUUGAUAUGCAUUAAGGCGGAUCUGGAAGCCGUUUGUGAUUUAUUGGACGCAGAUAUGCCUGCCAUAGAGAGCUCGCUUGUUCCGGAAAAGCGGGGUUUGAAAAGGGCUUUACUCGAGGCUAUCGCAACAGGGCUGGUCUCUGGCUGCGAGGCGAUCAAGGAAUAUGUACAGUGCACACUGUUAUAUCGCACCCUCGACAAGAAGCUCGUGUACAGUAUCAUGAAGUCUGCUCUGCAGGAGUUGGUCGACGAGGACCUUCUGAUUUUUGAAGAAGAUGUAGCAUACAAAACUACCCUUUUAGGUCAAGCUGUGGUGGCAUCAGCAUUUGCUCCUGAAGAUGGCCUAUUCGUGUACGAAGAGCUAAAGCGAGCCUUGCAGGCCUUUGUAAUGGACGGAGAUAUGCAGGUCUUCUACAUGUUUACUCCCCUGCAGGUGGCUACAAGUACCAACAUUGAUUGGCAAAUUUUCCGCAAUCAACUCGACCUUUUGGAUGAGAGUGGUCUUCGUGCAUUACAAUUCGUCGGAGUUCAGCCGGGAUUUGUUAAUACCAUGGUUCAAUCCGGCGCGUCACUGAAAGAAAUAACCCCAGAACAGAUCCAGAAAGCUCGAAUCUACCGGCGUGCAUACACAGCCUUCCAACUUCGUGACCUAAGUAAUGAGGUCCCCUUAUCGACCAUCGCUCAGCGCUAUCGGAUUCCUCGUGGCACAGUACAGACACUAGCACAGCAGUGUCACGGAUUUGCUGCUGGUAUCGUCAAAUUUUGCCAACGAAUGAACUGGGGUAUGAUGGCAGCUGUGUUGGAUCAUAUGCGUGAUCGUCUCGAAGCGGGGGCUGGCGCGGAUCUGCUGGAAAUGGCUCAAGUGGCAUUUGUCAAGAGUUGGACCGCACGAUUACUGAGAGAUAAUGGAUUUCGUAACCUGCGUGCCUUGGCUGAGGCUGAGCCUAAAGAUUUGGUUCCUGUGCUUAUGAUGGUCAAUCCACGAAAAACACAGAAAAACCAGCUGUAUCCGACAGAGGCAGAACGAUACGCAGUUAAAAUUAUGGCGAAGGCAGAGACUAUUGUUGCUUCUGCGAAUAAGAUUUGGGAUCGAGAAAUGCAAGUACAGAUCGAAGAGUGA